AUGUCUCGCAUCUCACCACUAUCCGAGGCGGCUGCGGCUCAGAUACACUCGUCCAAGACCAUCACCACCUUGCAAGGUGUCGUCCUGGCCUUGCUGGAGAACAGCUUUGACGCUGGUGCAACCAAGGUCGAAAUCAGCCUUGAUUUCCGUCGUGCCGACUGCACGAUCGAAGACAAUGGCACAGGAAUCUUUUCCGACGAGUUCCUAUUGACUGGCGGGCUUGGCAGGAUGUAUCACACCUCAAAACGUGCCGAAGGGCUUUCGAGUAGAGAGGUCCAUGGUACAGCUGGGAUCUACCUCGCCUCGCUUGCUGCGCUGUGUCUACUGAGUGUCACUUCCAAACGCCAGGACUGUCCGACUCAUGCGACUUUGGUCCUGCAUGCUGGUAGAGUCAUCUCUCGCCAUGUGCCUGGUCCGCUUCAAGACGAGCUCAGCGCGACCUCAGGCACGCGCGUUAUAGUCCGAGAUCUUUUCGGCAAUAUGCCUGUGCGAGUCAAGCAGCGUGCACUCGCCAAUGAAGCGGGCGUGGAGGACGAGAGGCUGCGGCACGAGCUCAAGAAAGGCAUCACGGCGCUUCUGCUUGCAUGGCAUGGGCCUUGUACUGUGCGGCUCAAAGAUCUUCACGACAGAAAAUCUGUCGUGCUGUCCAGUGGUCUCUCUGCCAGCGGUGGCAUGCUCACCAAAGCUUCACUAAACAGUCGGGACGGGAGAGUAAGGAAGCAUGAGCUACGUGAUCGGUUACCUCUCCUGUUUCAAGCUGGACUCGUCUCUAUGGAAUCACGUUAUCGCUUCGACCCGGUCACAGCAUCAACGCUGACACUAUCGAUUAAGGGCUUCAUCUGUCUCGACCCCGCUCCAACGCGGCAAGGUCAGUUCAUCAGUCUUGGUAUACAUCCUCUAAUCCCUACAGACGGCCACAACGAGUUGUACGAGAGCAUCAAUCAUGUCUUCGCGAACAGCAGCUUUGGAGCUGUUGAUAAGCCUGAGGUCGAUGAGGCAGAGAAGGACAAGCGGGCGCGUGAUCGGAGAUUCAAGAACGAUGGCUAUACACAAAAGCAGCUGCAUGGACGGAAAGGUGUGGAUCGGUGGCCGAUCUUUGUCCUGCAGUUCAAGUUUGAAAAUCCUACUGCGAGAGCUACUCGGGAUAACGUGAGCAAUAAGGAAUUGAAGGCGAUGGCUGAUCUACUCCGAGCCACGGCAACACACUGGCUUGAUGCCCACCAUUUCCGGCCUCGUAAGCUGCGUCGUAACCGGAUCGAUGAUCAGACUGGACCUGCAAGUCAUUCGAGUUCUCCUCGACGAUCGUCCACCGCCGAUGGUCUCUUUCGACGGCUUAAUAGCACCUUGGCCACGCCAUCAGUCAAGCGCGCGGCUACUAUGGAGAGCCUUACUACGUCGAAGCGGGUGUGCACUGGAGGAUACCCAGAAGUAUCCUCUCUAGUCCCAUUUGACGGUAGCAUGAAGAAACCAAGCAAUUAUUUCAGCAGCCUAAGCCGCAUCAAAAGCGGCAGACCAGAGUCCAGGAAAGCAUGUAUUGGUUCGAAGAGCCUCGCGAAGGCGAAGCCUAACAUCCUACGGGCUGAUAGCGAAAGUCAUCCUUUCGUCCUGCCCUCGUUCGGUAAAGGUGUAUUGAGCUCAAAGGGUAUAGCGACACUUGGUUCCAAAGUCUCGGCGAUGCUUACACCAGCUUCUCCAUCGAUAGAUUCAGGCUCGAAGCAGGACUUCCCGACCGUGCGUAUAGACAGCGAUGACUAUGGCAGCGUGGACGACUCGGCGCUCAUUGCGGCCUACGAUGAGGCAAAUUACAUGGCGCCGUCAAGAUUGACUUCUGCAGACAGCCAGCCCGAAGCACAAGCGAGCGACUCGAUUGUAAAUUGGCUGGACCCUUCGACGAAACAAGUAUACCAUAUCAAUUCACGUACAGGCGUGGUUCUGCCACUGAAAGCUGGCCCGAGGCAGAACACCCAAGACGAGGAUAUGGCCAGAUCGAAGGCAGCCAUCAAUACAUCCAGAACUGCGGCAGGCAACGUUAUUAGUCUCGCACGACGGCCCAAAACAGCCGUCGAAUCAAGAAGCGAGCAAUGGCUGCCUGGCUUCCUACAGCAAUGGGAUAAUCCGGUCUUCGUUCGUCAGGAUGCAGAACGUAUCCCUGUUGCGUCGUUCGACGGACCUGGCUUAGACCUUGCGGAUAUCGAGGGCCAGCGAUGUACUCAUCACACAAUGACGCAGUACUUCGUGGAAGCUGGUGUGAAAUUGAGUAGUCAACUCUCAAAGAAAGCAUUGGCUAGUGUGAGAGUGAUCGAGCAAGUCGAUGCGAAGUUCAUUCUUUGCGCCAUGCCGUCCUCUGAAGCUGGUGAUGGGCGAAGGACUCUGGUGCUGGUUGAUCAGCACGCAGCUUCGGAGAGGGUCGUAUUGGAAGGCCUUUUCGCUGCAUUGUGUCAAGCAAUCGACCCCAGUUCACCUGCUGCUGCGUUUGUCUCCAAUCUUGGAUGCAAGUCAGCUGUGCCGACCGUAUUGCUCGAGAAGCCGCAGCGAUUUCAGGUCUCUGGAAAGGAGCAUGAGCUUUUUCGACAGCAUGCCGGUCGAUUUGCAAAAUGGGGCGUGUUGUACGAUCUCAAGGUCUUGGCUAGCAAUAUUGACGAGGAAGGACUACGAGCACAGAAAUCAGAGCAACAUCUUCUGAGCGUCACGACCUUGCCACCAGGGAUGGCCGAGCGAUGUGUGCUCUUCCCUCAUCUCUUGAUCGAGCUUCUCCGAUCUGAAGUCUGGGAAAGUGGCACUUCAACGAAACGUACACUCCAGGUCAACGACAAUGCUGAGAAUCACGCAUGGCUGCGCCGCGUUGGGAGCUGUCCGAAGGGCAUCAUCGACAUGCUGAACUCGCGAGCAUGCCGCUCAGCUAUUAUGUUCAACGAUAUGCUGAGCAUUGAGGACUGCGAGAAGCUACUGCAUGACCUGAGCACCUGUGUUUUCCCGUUCAUGUGCGCGCAUGGCCGAGUGAGUAUGGUGCCCUUGAUUGAAAUGGUAGGCAGUGCGGCAGAUGCGGGCGAAGAAGGCUUUGUGUGCGAGGGUAGUACCUUGCGAAAUUUGCAAAGCGAAGGCAGCGACACAUUUACCAAGGCAUUCGAGCAAUGGCGAUGUAAAUCUGUAGCGCGAAAUGAACAGGCAUUGCGAUGA